GCAUGACCAUUGUCGGCACUCCGUUGAGCGAGCAAAAAAUAAAGAAACAGCAAAAGACGAGGGCUAUUAAGGAACUAGAAGCGAUCCACAAGCAUGGCAUCCUUCAUAAUGACAUUCGGGAGGAAAACAUCUUAAUUAAUGAUAACGGCGUCAUCUACCUGAUUGACUUCGGGAUGGCAAGCCAGGAGGACACAAAAAAGAAGAGAAAGCUUUUCGAGGAAGAACAGCUCAAAUAUUCUGACUU